AUGAGUUAAGCAUUUAUGAAUCUAGCUAAUACUUUGAUGCCUUACAUCAAAGCAUCAUUAGCAACUCCUCAAAGAAAGGUAGCAACUGCUGCAAUAGUGGCAGCACUUUUAUAUGCAAUCAGACAAAAGAAUGCGAGAGAUGAAGAGCGUGUAAAGAAAAUGCUUGGUGAUGCAGGAAAUAGAAAAGCCAGAAGGGGAGGAAAAGGUAAUGUUGAUAAAGAGUUUUUCGAGAGAAUUAAGAAAUUAUUAAGGAUCGCAAUUCCAUCUUACAAUUCGAGAGAGGCAGUCUAUGUAGUCAUUCUAACAGGACUUUUAGUUGUUAGAACCUACAUGAGUAUAUGGCUUGCUGAUGUAAACGGUCAGAUUUUCGGAUUGAUGCUUUUUGCUAUCCCAUCUUCUACUGUUAACUCAGCUAUGGAGUAUUAUUCUAAAUUAUUGGCAUUAGCCUUCAGAGAGAGAUUGACUAGAUACUUCCAUACUCAAUAUCUCCAGAAGAUGUUCUUCUACAAAAUUUGUAAUCUUGAUAGUAGAAUAUAAAACCCAGAUCAGAGACUAACUCAAGACCUCGACAAGUGGGCUCAAUCACUUGCUAACUUAUAUCUCAAUUUUACCAAGCCAGUACUUGAUAUAUUCUUGUUCUCCAGAAAGUUAGCUGAGCUAGUCGGUUGGGAAGGUCCAGGCCUCACAUUCGCCUGGUAUUUUCUCUCGGCUUGCAUCAUCAGAGUAGUAUCACCUGCAUUUGGUAAAUUGACUGCUAUUGAGCAAAAACUUGAGGGAGAAUAUAGAUCAAAACACUCUGACUUACUGAACCAUGCAGAAGAAAUUGCAUUUUAUAAUGGAAGUGAUUGGGAAAAGACUCAUAUUAACAACAAAUUUUAUGAGUUACACAAGCAUGUGAAAGAAGUUCUCUACAGAAGAUUCCUAAUGGGAAUUUAUGACUCUAUGCUAGUUAAGUAUGGAGCUGUCAUGGUAGGCUAUACAGUCAUUGGUCUGCCAGUCUUCGGACCAGGUAAAGAGAGGUAUUUGAGAGAAGUCGGAAAUGACCCAUCAAGGAUUACCAAAGAUUACGUCAGAAACUCCUCUCUCCUUAUCAAUUUAGCCAAAGCUAUUGGAAGAAUAGUCGUUUCAUAUAAGGAUGUUUAAAACCUUGCAGGUUACACCACUCUUAUAUAUGAAAUGAAAGAGGUGCUUGAUGAUCUAGAGAACGGGAAAUACAAGAGAAUUAUGGUUACUUCUAACAGUCUUGAAGAUCAAGAAGAGGAAGAGUAAAAGAAUAAUGGUGUUAAAAGUAUUCCAAGCAAAACAAAUAUGAUGGACGAGAGUCUUAAGAAGAAUCACGGACAAAUUGCCAUCUCUAAUGACAUUAUAUUCGAAAACGUUCCUAUUCUUUCACCUAACGGAGAUACUUUAAUCCCAGCCAUGAACUUCCAAAUUUCUCCAGGAAUGAAUCUUAUGAUUACUGGUCCAAACGGUUGUGGUAAGAGCUCUCUAUUCAGAAUCUUGGGAGAACUAUGGCCAAUUUUCGGCGGUAAACUUACCAAACCAUCUAUUGAGAAAAUUUUCUAUAUUCCACAAAGACCUUAUCUUCCAAAUGGAUCACUUAGAGAUCAACUUAUCUAUCCAAAUACUCAUGCUGAUCAAAAGAGAAAGGGAGUUUCAGAUGAGGAUCUUUAACAUAUUUUGAACGAAGUCAGACUUGGUUACCUAGUUGGAAGAGAAGGUGGUUGGUAAGCUGUCAAUGACUGGAAUGAUGUAUUGAGUGGUGGUGAAAAACAAAGAAUUGCUAUGGCCAGAUUAAUCUACCACAAGCCAACUUACGCUAUCUUGGAUGAAUGCACUAGUGCAGUUAGUGUUGAUGUUGAGGGUCAUCUUUACACUUACAUGAAGAGCCAAGGAAUUACUCUCAUCACUGUCUCUCACAGAGAUACUCUCUGGAAAUAUCACGAAUAUUUACUAAAGUUCUUAGGAGACAAGCAAUACACAUUUGGUGAGAUGCCCGAAGAGAGAAGAAAAUGA